ACAAAGCAGGAGUCGACUAAAGACCAUCACAGCGGACCAGACGGCCCCCUAACAGCCCUCAUCCAGGACUGCAGCAGGACUUCAAACAUUUGUUCAGGAUGAACAGAAGUCCACAGGGGGAAAUUGAGGAAAUUGAAGAAGAAUAUAACUAUGUUGAUGCACCAGCCUGGACUGUGGAUAAAGUGGCAGCCCCUCCAGACCAGAGGUCUCUCUUCUUCACUCAGUCUUUUCCACCGAUAGCAGUGUGUUGGCUGAUACUGUUAGUCAUCAUGGGCCUUCGUAUCCACUUUACUUCUGUCAAUUCUGAAAGCAACGCCAAGCUGACUGCAGUAAACCAGCAGCUGGAGACACUGACGCAGCAUCUGAACUUGACUUUAUUGGCUGCACAUGGAAACUUGGGGAGGUACUGCAACAAUCUGACUGUCCAGUUUGAUCUCCUGACACAAAACUAUACUGUCUUAGAAAGCAAGAUCAAAGACCUGACUGCAGUGAACCAGCAGCUGGUGACACAGAGGAACAACUUAACAGAACAAAUACAAAACAUGGAGACAAACUGGAAUAAACUCAACGUCAGUCGAGCUCAGUGGAGCAUUGAUGCCUACUGCCCCAAAACAAAUAACGUGCAACUGUGUAGAGCCUGUCAGGAGGGCUGGAGACUCAACCAGACCAGCUGCUAUGUGGUUCAUGACGCUGUUUCUACUUCUGGUCAUAACACCUGGGAAGAAGCUCGAGAAGUAUGCAGAAGAGAAAGUUCAGAUUUCGUCACUGUACAUAAUCAAGAGGAACAGUAUGCACUCAAUUAUUACAGCUGGUACAGUACAUUAACCAUUGGAUACUGGAUUGGCCUGAGAGCUGAAGGUGGGAGAUGGAAGUGGAUUGAUGGAAGUAAUCUGACUGUAAGCUACUGGACACAACAACCACAUCCUUUUCCCGGUCAGUGUGUAAUGUCUGUCCAGAACGUAGGAUGGAGAUCAGUGAGCUGUAAUAAAAGAAAAAGAUGGAUCUGCAAAAAGAAAGCUUUAUCUGUUUAAACACUGCAGUCAUACUUGAGAAGGUUACUGGAUACUCUGCAUGAAAAUAUUAACUGGCUUAUAAAUAUCAAACUAUGACUUCUACUUCACAAUUUUCAAAACUGUUUGUGUGUGUGUCUAAAAAAAACAUGUAUCAGAUUAAAUGUAUAGCUGCAAUUAGGUAUU